AUGUCAACUGAAAAGAACACUGGUGGACUAUGUUUCAAAGAUCUCCAAGGUUUUAAUAAAACGUUGCUAGGCAAACAGAUUUGGAGGCUUCUCACAUGCCCGAAUCUAUUGCUUAGUAAAGUGUUGAAAGCUAGGUACUACCACAAGACAUCACCACUGAGCUGUGAAGUAAAAGGCAAUGCAUCAUGGAUAUGGAAGAGUCUGAUGGGAGCAAGAGAUGAGGUGCAACGUGGAGCAAGGAAAAAAAUUGAAAAUGGAAAGAGCACCAGAAUUUGGGAAGAUGCUUGGCUACUGGAAGGCAAAGGAGGCAAGGUAGAAUCCCCAAAACCCCCAGGUUGCAAGGUCACAAAAGUUAGUGAACUGAUAUCCAACUUUAGAUGGAAAUCAACACUCAUUUUUAGGAUCUUUAGCUCACAGGAAGCGGGGAACAUACUCAAAAUGCCUAUAAGUUUGACAAGUAGACAUGAUUGCUACUUUUGGAGUCAUAGUAAGAAUGGACAAUACACGGUCAGGUCUGCUUAUGAAGCACUGACAAAGGAUGAUAGGCAGUCUAAAACACAAGUGAGCAGGAUGGGAGAAACAAGUUGGACAGGGGGAAGCGACAAAAUCUGGAAAUAG